AUGGAUGUACCACUGAGGACCAUCCUAUACGCUGACGUCAUCGCUCUGCUAGCGGGAAGCAGGGAAGAACUUCAGAACAAGCUGCAGAAAUGGCAGAAAGUGCUGGCGGAUAAUGGGCUCUGGCUGAACGUGAAGAAAGCCAUGUUCUUCAGCUCCGAGUGCACGGAGUCAAUCGUAGACGGUCUCGGGGAAGUCAUCGAAAGGUACAGCACUUCCGGUACUUGGGGAGUGAUCUAG